AACUUCUGUGUAGAUUAUGUGACGUCACCAGUUUCCGUGCUGAGGCUGUAACAUCACGCUGUGUGUCGCAUGGUCUCCUAUACUUAACAUGUCGUAUUCAAUCGUGAAGAAAAGUUUGCAGUUGAUGGAAGAUGACCUGGUAGCACAGAUCCCUGGUUCAUCCGGAUCAUGCAAAAAACGAAAAACAAAAGAUGCUAUGAAGCUUAUUAAAACAAAUCGGAAAGGAGUGUGGAAAGAACUGCGAAAACUACAAAAGAAAGAGCAGCAAAAAGUGAAGAAUAAGUUGUCCAUGCUAAGUUUCAAGUCUGCAGUUGAAAAAUUUCAAGAUGACAAGAGCAAAGAACUUACUAGAGCUUAUCCAGACGAAGUACCAGUAGAAAAAAAAAACGUGUAUUCAAAAAAGGUGUUGCAGUAUCAUAUGCAGAACUUUAACAGAAGAAAAGCAGAAGAGCCAAAAAAAGAAGAGAAAACAGUUUUUACUGAUAGAGAUUUUGACAGAUUUGAGGAAGAAUAUGAUAACUUAGACUUGUGAAAGAACUGUUUACAGAAGUGUUGUGAUAUUUGGUGACAGUGAGCAGAUAAGAUGAUUUUGCAUCAAAAAUGGCUGCUUGUUAUUAGCACCUCUGUGACUUGGCAAGUAAUUGCUGAAAUGCAAGUGACAGUAGCAACUACAAAAUAGGAGAAAGAGGAAAACUGAAAAGAAAAUCUCAAAUGCUGUUGAAAUAAGCAGUGAUGGCUUUUCAGAGUAGAGAUACAAGUGUUUUGUGUUUGUGAGAAGGAGAAGAGGAGGUCGUUUGAAAAUGCUGUGUUCAAUAAAUAUUUUUUAUUGAAGA